AUGGGAGCACAGCCGGGGGGCUCCUGCAACCAUCUCCCUCCCUCUCCCCUUUCCCCACAACCAUCUCUCUCCCCAUUUCCCCCAGUAAUACCCAUCCCUCUCCCCAUUUCCCAUAGCCAUCUUCCUCUCUCUGAUGUGCGCUCCUCGUGGUACCUUCUGGACCUGGUUCUGUUGCAGGACGUGUGUUCCUUGUGGUACCUUCUGAAUCUGGUUCCACUGAAGGAUGUGUGCUCCACAUGGUACCAUCUGGAACUAGUUCCACUGGAGGACGUGUGCUCCUCAUGGUACCUUCUGGACCUGGUUCUGCUGCAGGAUUGGUGCUCCACAUGGUACUGUCUGGACCUAGUUCUGCUGCAGGACUGGUGCUCCACAUGGUACCGUCUGGACCUAGUUCUGCUGCAGGACUUGUGCUCCAUGUGGUACCAUCUGAAUCUGGUUCCACUGAAAGACGUGUUCUCCACAUGGUACCGUCUGGAACUAGUUCCACUGGAGGACGUGUGCUCCUCAUGGUACCUUCUGGACCUGAUUCUGCUGCAGGAUCGGUGCUCCACAUGGUACCAUCUGGACCCAGUUCUGCUGCAGGACGUGUGCUCCUCAUGGUACCUUCUGAACCUGGUUCUGCUGCAGGACGUGUGCUCCAUGCGGUACCACCUGGAACCAGUUCCACUGAAGGACAUUUACUACUCAUGUUACCUUCAGGACUUGGUUCUGCUGCAGGAUACGUGCUCACUGUAG